GCAGUGUGGGCUCAUAUAUUCUAUAUUUAUUUGCUGCAGUUUCAAAGGAAUAUAAGUCUAAUUCAAUAUAACUAAUUCUAUAGGAUUACUUAUUGUCCAAUGCACGCUCAUUUGCCGACAUUUUCUUGGGCAUUCGAGUGCUAUUUGCGGACAAAGAGAAAAAUUUAACAUAUUUACCAUUGGCUGGCUGUCCUUCAAUGGCGCUAAUCAAAUUACAAAUUGUUAAAACAACUGAAACUGUUGAAAAGUUAGUUUAGUUAAAUAGCGGAGUAGCUACGUGUUUUAUAGGCGAACUAUAAGUUUGGAUAUUUGUACAAUCAAAUAAUGUUGGGUUCUUAUUGCUGUCCAAUGCACGCUCUUUUGCCGACAUUUUCCUGGGCAUUCGAGUGCUAUUUGCGGACAAAGAGAAAAAUGAAACAUAUUUACCAGUGAUUAGUUGCAUUUUAAUGGCACCAACCAACUUGAAAAAUGUUUCAACAAAUUAAAGACUUAGGAAAGAAAUGUUUUUAAUGUGAGGAGCUGCAGACCUGGUUAUUAAUGCAUUUAAGAAGUAAAUGUAGUAGAAAGUAGAAAAUUUAGUAUAGUAUUGAGUAAUCGCUUAGUGCAAAGGAACCUUAAAGCCAAUCGACAUAUGUACAUACAUACAUAUAUACAAAUGUUAUAACAUCACAUGGAUGAACCUAUCAAGAGCCCUUUUAUACCCUUAAUUGUAAAAAAAUAUUAUUUUCCUAACAAAACCACUGCUUUUUGAGCACGUGGUCUAACAACGUCAUAAUCAAUACGUUACGUAUAGAACUGCUGGUCACUUGCAACAAAUGUUUGUAGUUAUAUGCAAUGUAUAGCUACUUAUAAAUUUUUAAUAUCAGCAUUAUAUGUUUGGAAAUUGUGCCGGUGAUAUUAAAUCGAAUUGCUCGUUGAUUACAAAAUAUGGAAGUGUUAUGUUUAUCACUGGUUAUGUUAAAAGAACGAAUGAUUUGAAACACAUUUUGUUUCGACAAGUCUAGCUGUAUAAUAUCAAUAGUUGAUAUUUUUCUGAGAAAUAGUCUUGGUAUGUCUUCUAUUAAUUUUCAAAAUUGUCUUAUGUGGCCCACUGUAUCUAUAUAGAAAUAGUCUUGGCAUCUUUUCAAUAAGAGCUAUUAAUUUUAAAAAUUGUCUACUGUUGCCCACUGUAUCUAUGUAUGUAUGUAUGUAUAUACAUUUUUAGAUCUUACAAUAACGCACAUAGAAGCGUCAUAUGUAUACUUAUGACUUUUCUUAACACAAUAUCGUUUGCCAUUGAAAAUGACGCUGUAAAUAGUGCUCUGCGUAGAAUGUUAAUUGUUUGUUACGGUGGAAUCAUAAAACAAACCAUAAAGUGACCCACGCAACACAACACAUGCAGGUAGAAUUUCUAUUGGUGGCCCAUAGACAAAGCAGCACCCACAUUUUCAAUGCGAUCACGAACAGAGCAAUCAGUUAAAAAUAAAUAAAGCAAGAUUCAGGCACCGUAACAAAAUUCUUUAGAACCGCAUGCAUUGGGCAUUUGUGCAGCAUGUUGCAAGUAAGAAAAGAUUCCUUUAGAAAACGCUUCAGUUGGUUACUUGCAUUGGCAGCAAGUAGACGGACAAAUUGGAUAAUUCAUACGGGCGCGAAGUAGAACGAAGUGAAAUUAUUUGAUUUUUUUGUACAGUGUAAAAAAAUUAAAAAAGAAAUGUUUUUGGAUUACAGAAUACUUUGCUUUUUAAUUGUCUUAAAGUGGGCGCACACACAACAGGUGCCUACAAUGCCGUACCGACAGGCGCUAUAUUUCCAUAAACUGCAAAAGUACCCCAGCUAUAAGAUUAUAAAUGCGCAAGAGGCUAGAUUGGCAACAACAGAGCCAGCUGUUAUAAGCACCGAGCUAGUGGAAGCUGCUACUACCACAAGCACUUUAGCGCCACCAACAAGCGCUGACACUGCAAACGAUUCUAGCACCGACGCCAGCCCAACCGACGUUACAACUAAACCUGCUACAGCACCACUGGAAAUUUCGACAGGUAAUACUAUUUAUACACCCGAUGAGUUUCCGCAUGAUUUGCUUGAAAUUGCACGUUCAAAGCUCGGUCUAAAGAGUCUUGAUGAAGUGCCCAGUAUAAGUGAGCUCGCCGAAUUUCUUGGCACUGCCAAUGCGACGGAGACCAUUAAGUAUAUACGCCAGAUGACAAACACAGAACAAGGUAUCGCGCUGAUAAAAGCCUACCUUGAAUCGGCCGACUUCACCGAUCGCACCGAUGAGCAGCGUCGUCGUCAGCAACAACAACAGGCGUUAAAUGUAGCAGCUACUACUGAAACUAAGAAAAACAAUUUUCUGGAGCGUGUUGCUGCUUAUUUUCAUAUUUACAACCUAUGGCCGCAAAGUGGUAGCGCCGAUGCGGCUGAAACGCGUAAAAAUGUCGAGCAACAGUUAAGCAAAUACAUUAAACCACAGCUGGCGUAUAGAAAGCGUAUGCAAGCGCCGCAUCAAACACCCAACAGCUUAGCACACCAUAAGCCAAUGUUAGUGCGUAAUCCCUUACCUUAUCACUAUCCUGUGCCACUGCGCCCCAUUUCCGACAAUCGUGUGAGGCAUAAUGAUGCUGUAGCCAUGCCAAUGGCACCACCGGUCGUCUUAUCGCCCGUACAUUUGAACACACCUAAAUUCUACGUGCCACCGCAUAUAGAGCUGGCACGCGCUACCAAUAUACCACCACAACAAUUGCAGACGUUGUUGCAAAGCAAACCAAAACUGGCAGAAUUAGCUGCCAAAGUGAGUCGUUUGCCGCUGACCAACGAUCAUUCCACCCGUAUUGAUGAACAACUGUUGGUGGCGGUGAAACGCGCCAUCGAACAGGAUGAUGACUUGCGCAAAUUGCUACAGAGCACAGCAGCUACACUCAAAUAGCUGAUUGUCGGCUUUUAAUGGUAUUUUAGCAUAAAUUAAUUAAGACUAUUGAAUAAAAUUUGUGGGGAGUUAUAUAUUUUACAAACAUA